AUGAAAACCUCUGAAGAUACUCCAACAAAUGGAUCUGCUGUGCCCCCUGGCAGACGCCUUGUUGUUCCCCUGCAUAUUUGUGUUUUGCAGGGUUUGUCCUUUGUGAAGGCUCAGCUUCUUUCCAUGGAGUUUCCUGCUCAUGUUGGUGAGAGUCUUCCGAAGUUGGAUGAUGAAAAUAAUAAGUCUACUGAUGAACAUGUUGCCUCAGAGACAAAAAUGGACAGAUUGGUUAAAAUAGAUCCUUUCAGAGGAAGUUGGGGGCUGCGAUUUUUUGAACUUGAGUUAUCUAAUCCAACUGAUGUUGUGUUUGAAAUCAAUGUCUCUGUCAAACUGGAGAACUCAAGCAAUGAGAACAACCAUUUUACUGAUCAGGGUGCUACAGAAUAUGUCUAUCCCAAUACAAGAAUUGAUAGAGAUUGCUCAGCUAGGGUUCUGGUGCCUCUUGAGCAUUUUAAAUUACCUGUUCUGGACGAUUCCUUUUUUAUGAAGGACAUCCAGUCAGAUGGGAAUGGUGCAGGAAGAAAUGCAUCCUUCUCAGAGAAGAACACCAAAGCUGAACUAAAUGCUUGUAUCAAGAACCUUAUAUCUAGGAUUAAGGUUCGAUGGCAUUCAGGACGAAAUAGCUCUGGAGAGUUAAAUAUCAAAGAAGCUAUCCAGGCUGCUCUCCAAACAUCAGUCAUGGAUGUUUUACUUCCAGAUCCAUUGACGUUUGGCUUUAGGCUUGUUAGAGAUGGUUCUGAAUCAGGAAAACGUGAUCCUGAUAAAGAAUCUGAAUCUCCUGCUUCCAAAGGUUCAGUGAUUGCGCAUGAAAUGACAUCAAUGGAAGUUCUGGUUCGUAAUAACACUAAGGAUAUGAUCAAAAUGAGUCUUACUAUUACUUGCAGAGAUGUAGCUGGGGAGAAUUGUGUAGAUGGUACCAAAGCAACUGUUCUGUGGACUGGUGUUCUGAGUGACGUUACUAUGGAAAUUCCUCCACUUAAGCAAAUUAAACACUCAUUCUGCCUACAUUUUCUUGUCCCUGGAGAGUAUACACUACUUGCUGCAGCAGUGAUUGAUGAUGCAAAUGACAUUCUUCGUGCUCGUGCCAAGACCACUUCGGCUGCCGAGCCAAUUUUCUGUCGUGGACCGCCGUAUCGCGUUCGUGUCCUUGGAACUGCAUAA